UCAUGCUGCUGCCAGGUCCACAGUGUGUCAUGGGUCCCUGUACGGCCUCCCAUUGCUGCUGUCUCCAUCGCCACACUCUGCCAUGUGCCACUUUCAGGUCUCCUCACACUGCUGCUGGUGUUCCAUUUUGUCAUAGGGUGCUGGCAGAUUACGGGCCUCCCAUUGCUGCUGCCAGGCCCCUAAUCUGCCAUGGGCCCCUGUACCGCCUCCUCAUGCUGCUGCCAGGCCCCUAAUCUGCCAUGGGCCCCUGUACCGCCUCCUCAUGCUGCUGCCAGGCCCCUAAUCUGCCAUGGGCCCCUGUACCGCCUCCUCAUGCUGCUGCCAGGUCCACAGUGUGUCAUGGGUCCCUGUACGGCCUCCCAUUGCUGCUGUCUCCAUCGCCACACUCUGCCAUGUGCCACUUUCAGGUCUCCUCACACUGCUGGUGGGUUCCAUUUUGUCAUAGGGUGCUGUAUGGCCUCCCAUUGCUGCUGCCUCCACCGCCACACUGUGGCUCCACACUCUGGUUUUGGCCCCGUGACUGCCCAAAUGAGUGAAGUGUGCGGUGAUUCUAAGAUCGACGGCACUCAUCUGCAUGUCAUACUGACUGACAGUAUUAUUUCUCUUCCCCAGCAGACUCCAAGGGCAUUUAAAUUAAAGGUACAGUGUUCUGCACUAAUAUAA